UGAGAUUGAUUGUGAACUAAGAACACAUAAAAGAGGAGGAAUAUGGUCAUAUGAUAUCAUGUCCGGUCAAAGAUGAAGAAGAAGAAAAGCCCUUUGCAGAACGUCACUGUAAAAUUGAAACAGACGAUACAGAAUCUAGAGAUGAAACACUACAGACACCAGCAGAGAUUGAGGUCAAGAUUGAGGAGGAUGAGCAGGAUGAUAAUCAGCUGGAAACAUCAUCUUUGCAGCAAGGCACAGCAAAGCGUCUCGUCACAAAAAAAGCAGCAGCUGUUUCCAAGGUGCGGCUGUGGGACGAUAAGGGCUGGAUGGCUAAUAUGGAAAGCCGCCUAGCCGCCAGGACAGCGGAUCUUACAUCGGAACGAGCUCGAGUAGCUCAACUGCUUGCCGAGAAUGCAAGUUUGAAAGCUGACCUGUCAGCCAGCAGAGCGGAGACAGACAACCUCCGACAAGAGAUGCAGGGGCUGAGAGAGGCCAGUCAGAGGGGGCUGCUCAUGCAAGAGAUGAGAGCUGGCAUAGGAGAACUGCAUUCGGUUCUACGUAUGGUUAACUCUACGCCUGUGAGAUUAAUCCCCAGACGCGCCUCAACACCUGCACCAGAAGUAGAUUCUUCAGAUUGUCAGAUGUCUCCAUCGGCCAUUUCCUCUUCCUUAACAAACAGCAUCCAAAUGACCGGUCAGUGGGCAGACGUGAGCUUGCGUGAUUUUGGACCAGAAGACCAUGCUAGACUCCUCCAAAUGAGCUUCGGCCAAGUGGGCAGAUAUGGAUGCCUGCUCUUCAGACACAUUAUCUCGGAGGAGAACUACCAGGCAUGGAGCAAGACCACAAACUGGGAUGGUUCUAGAGGUAAACGAGCACUGCCUCAAAAUGUGAAGAGCUUUGUGGUUUCUACACUGAGGCGUCACUUUCCUGACAUGGACAGGGGGGAACUGAAAGAGUGUAUUGACAAGAUCAAUGAAUUCCUGCGUACAACACGCAAGAAUUCCCAAGGACUCACUCUGCUCUAAAGACUCCAGAACACUGUACUGUAGUUUACUGCACUGUAGACUGCGUUCCAAAUUAUUAUGCAAAUUACAUUUUUCUCAGAUUUUCCUAAAUAGUUGAUGCAAAUGACAGUCAGUAUAAUUUAAGUCAAACCGUUUAGAGUAUGAUUUGAAUUUUAUUGAACAAACCUCCCAAUGAUAUGAGUUUGAAAAUUAGUCUUCAUGUAUUCCUGAGCCCACUGGAUGAUAUUACUUCAUUAAAAUUCAAGACAGUUAAGGACAAGCAGAAAACACUAUGGAAACAAAAUCCAGCGGUUAAAAUCCUGAAAAAGAGAGUGUAGGAAGACCGAAAGAAAAUGACACAAAUAUAAACUUCAGAUCCAUGAAAUCCAUGAAGACAUGGUCUGCAUGUGUAAUUCUGAAAUAUGCAAAGCAAGACAGUCUUUCUUCUCAAAUAUCAUCAUUAGAAGUACAAAUAACUAAUAUUUUCAAAAUACUAUUUUCAACUGAGGAGAAGUUAACAAACCCCCCCUCAUUAGCAUCUGAACUUGUCUCGACUAAUAAAUGCAAUGAGUUUGCAUCUUUUUUCAAAGGCAAAACUGAGAAAAUCAGACAUAUCUUCUCAACAACUUGCUCAACAUCUGGAACGUCCAGCUUCAAGGGAAGGGGAACUUAAUUUGAUGUCAGAGUUUAGUUUGAUAGACUAUGAAACUCUUGUAAAAACUGUCCAGAACCUCAACUCCUCCACAUGUGGCUUAGACACUAUACCUACUGUACCAGUUUUUUUAAAAUCUGUUCUUCACCUCAUAGCAGCAGAUGUGCUUCACAUUGUAAAUACAUCAUUACUGUCUGGCACAUUUCCUAAUAACAGGUGCUGUUGAAAACAGCUGUUGUAAAGCCCCUUCUCAAGAAGAAUAACUUGGAUGCCACCAUGCUAAACAACUACACGCCCAUAUCCAAUCUACCUUUUUUUGGCAAAAUUAUUGAAAAAAAUAGUCUCUGAUCAACUAACCACCUUCCUAACAUCAAAUGGGUAUUUUGAUUAGUUGGAGAGUUGCAGCUUUACCGGGUUUCUCUGUAACUGAGUGUUAACUAUUUGGGUGUUAAUACUCCAUGAGGGGGAGCCCUGUGGUCGGCCAUUUUGGCCCUGAAAGGAAAUAAAUAUAUGUGUGUGCGAGGACAGUUUGGAACUACUUCAAGAAUCUUCAUAGAGUGCUGUACACUGGGUUUUUGACUAUUAUAAUCAUUCUAUGUUUUUAAUGUUUUAAUUAUUACUUUUUAAACGGUUUUCAAUUAUUUCCCUUUUAUGCUUUUAUGUGCUAUUACCUUGUGUGUUUUAUGUUUUCUUCCUCUUAUUAUUAUUUUUUAUUAUUAUACUUUUUAAACUGAUUAUUUGCCCUUUAUGCUUUUAUCAGGAAAUAUCCAACUCACCGAAUGGUUAGUGGUGUUCAUUGAUGUUCCAAAACAAGUAGCGUAGCGAAAUACAGUUUCUGUCGUGUUUUAUUUGGCAUUUUGUAAAAUCCCAUUGAUUUCUGUUGGAAGACUCAUUGCAUGUUGAU